AUGAUUGCAUCUAACCUCUGGACCAGUGUGCUGGCUUUCACAGCCGCUGCCACCGCCUCUGCGAUCGGCAGCAGCGGCAGCAGCAGCAGCAAUUCCAGCUGUCGCUGCUUCCCAGGAGACGCCUGCUGGCCCUCCUCGAGCGAAUGGUCUCAAUUCAACAAGACCAUCGAUGGCAGACUCAUCCAAACCAUCCCCUUGGGCAAGCCGUGCCACGCUCCCAAUUAUGAUGCGUCUGUCUGUGCCGUCCUCAAGGAAGAAUGGACGGAGCCUGAGCUUCACUACACCUCCAGCAGCUCGAUCAUGGCCCCGUGGUUUGCCAACGGAACCUGCGACCCCUUCCACCCGGUCGCCAAGCCCUGCACGAUGGGCAACUACAUCCACUAUGCGGUGAACGUGUCCACGCCCGCCCACAUCUCCGCGACGCUGCAGUUUGCCAACAAGCACAACAUCCGGCUGGUGAUCCGCAACACCGGACACGACUAUAACGGCAAGUCGACGGGCGCGGGCGCCCUUGGCGUCUGGACUCAUAACCUCAAGUCCCGCACGAUGAUCCCCAGCUUCGAAUCGAAGCACUACACUGGGCCGGCGGUGCGGUUGGGCGCAGGCGUGCAGGGCUUCGAGGCGUACGAGUUCGCCGACGCGCACGGGUACCAAGUGGUCGGCGGCGAGUGCUCGUCCGUGGGCAUCGCCGGCGGAUACUCGCAGGGCGGCGGCCACUCGGCGCUGUCGUCGCGCUACGGGCUGGCGGCCGACCAGGUGCUAGCGUGGGAGGUUGUGACGGGCGCCGGCGAGUUCGUGACGGCUACGCGCGACAAUGAGUACAAGGACCUGUACUGGGCGCUCAGCGGCGGUGGCGGCGGCACGUAUGGCGUGGUCGUGGCCAUGACCUCCAAGCUGCACGCUUCGACCCCGACCUCCGGGCUGAACCUGACCUUCACCAACGAAGGCAUCAGCCAGGAUACCUUCUUCGAGGCGGUGACGCUCUACCACACCCUCUUGCCCAGUCUCGUCGACGCCGGCGUCAUGAGCGUCUGGUACUUCACCAACACCACCUUCGCCAUCUCGCCAUUGACGGGUCCCGGUGUCCCGGUCGAGACUCUGCGCUCCCUUGUCAAGCCGUUCGAGGCUGGACUGGCCAAGCUGGGCAUCACGUACACGCUCGCGGCCAAGGAGUUCGACACCUACCUGGAGCAGUUCAACACCAUGGAGGCGGAGAUCGCCGUCGGCAAGGCCCAGUACGGCGGGUGGUUGGUCCCGCGUCAGGUCGUGACCCAGAACACGACUGCGCUCACCGCGGCGUACCGCCAGAUCGUCGAGGACGGAGCCACCUUCAUCGGCGUGGGCCUGAACGUCAAUCGGUCUGUGGCGGGCGACGUCGAUAACGCGGUGUUGCCCGCGUGGCGCGAGGCGCUCAUCGACACCACCCUGACGACGCCGUGGGAGUGGGAUGCCCGCGAGCAGAUGAUCGAGGAGCAGCGCAAGAUGACCGACGAAUACUUGCCCUUGCUGGAGGAUUUGUCCCCCCAGUCCGGGGCCUACAUGAAUGAGGGCAAUUUCCGGCAGCCCAGCUGGAAGAAGGCGUUCUAUGGCGUUAACUAUGAUCGCUUGUUGCAGGUCAAGAACAAAUAUGACCCCUACGGGUUGUUCUACGCUAGCGCGGCGGUCGGGUCUGAUGUCUGGACCGAGCACCAGGAUGGACGCUUGUGUCGGGCGUAG